UCUAACUUCCUCACUUGACUCUCACGCCGACUUUAAUCGACACUCCUCCCCCAGUCUCCCCCUCGAUCCUCCCCUUUCCCAUCCACUGAUCCACACACACACAACCAUGGCACCUCUGCUCCUCCUCCCCGUUCUGCUCCUCUUCGCCACGGCCGCCGACGGCUACCCAUCCGCCUGCAGGAACGCCACAUGUGGCGAACAGACCAUCGCCUACCCGUUCUGGCUCAACUCCUCGUCUUCAGCUUCACCCUCCAGCUGCGGCUACCCAGGCCUCGGCCUUGCCUGCGAGAACAACACCACUCUGAUUUUCCUCGCCCAAUCCCACCGGUACAGAGUCUCGAGCAUCGACUACGACACGCACACCAUCUCCCUCGCCGACGCCGACGCCUUCACCACCACGACCGGCUGCCCGCUCCUCGACUUCAACCUCACAAUCGACACCAUCUCCGCGCUUCAGCUCUCGCACGCGGACUCCAACAUCACCUUCUUUUACGACUGCAAGAAGAACGCCUCCUGGACAUCUGCCGUGGAAUUAAGUAGCUGCCCAGCAGCAUAUAACAAGAGUUCCUACGUGUUCCAGGGUGAUGGUUACGCGGGUGAAGCGUACGAGUUCGAGUGCCAGGCGGCGGUGGUAGCGCCGGUGCUGGAGGUUCAUAAGAAGGGCUUGGCGGAUUUUCCUCUGGCCACAAGAUAUGUUGAUGUGCUCAAGGCUGGGUUCGAACUGAACUACAGCCCGAACUCCGAUCAGUGCGGCAGAUGCGAGCGAUCCAGCGGAUGGUGCGGCUACCGGGACAACCAGACGCACGGCGGGAUCGGCUUCAGCUGUUUCUGCGAUGGUGGCCCGACCACGGAUCAUUGCGGGACGUGUGUCGUGUGCCUGCCCUCCUCCCGUGUGAACUGCUUCGGUGCACCCGCUUCAAUGUUUAGAUGCAAAUUUUUAAUCAACGGUUAACAUUAGUACUUACCUCUUCAGUCGUAAAAGGGUAGUGUGAAUAAAUUUGAUAUGGUCCGCAUUAUUUCAUUUUGAA